GAAACCCAAAUGGUAUUGGGGAGGGCAGGGGUCAGGGGGGCGCAGAGGCCUGCUUCGUUGCUCCGCCGCCGCCGCCUCCUCCUCCUCGGUUCCUCCUCCCAUCUCCUCCGAUCUCCUCCUCUCCAAACCCUAUCAAAUCCGAUCCCGAUCUCAGAGCAGGUGCGCGUGCGCCCGCCUCCUCCUCUAGAUUUCGAUCUCCACCAACAAUAAGGGAUCCCAUCCCAUCCCAUGCCCGCCUCCCCAUCUCCGGCGCCGCGAGCCAUGAAGCGCGAGCUUGCCUUCGCACUCCAGUCGCUCUCCGCCAUGUCCACCUCCCCCGGCCGCACCCGCUCCGGCCGCCCCCUCUCCUCCUCCUCCUCCUCCUCCUCCUCCUCCUCCGCCCCCGCCCCUGCCCCCAAGAGGCGGAGGAGACCGGACAAGCCCCCCGACCACGACCCCGCCCCCGCCCCCGCCCCCGACAAGGAUCUUCUCGUCUCCCCUCACACGCCUCCUAUGGACGCCGAGGCGCCCAAGCCCAUACACCUCCUCAACGACAAGGACAAGGACAAGGAGGGGGACGAUGGAUCUCACCAGGAUACACCCACGCUACAGUCACCCCCUCGUGGAUCUGAUGCUCAUCCAAUACCAACGGAGCUCAAUGUUUCUGCUGCUGUCGCCAGGCCUCCACAACCACCCCAUGCACAACCAACGGAGCUCAAUGCUGUUGCCGCCGCCGCGUCUGCUCUACCAAUGGAGCUUGAUGCUGCUGCUGCUGCUGCUGUGCCUGCCGAAUCAACGGAGCUCAAUGCUGCUGCAACCGCUGUGCCCGCACAACCGACAGAGGUCAAUGCUGCUGCUGAGAUUGUCAAACCAAUUGGGCUCAAUGCUGUCGCUGCUGAGACUGCAAAGCCAGACAUGGCCAUGGAAUUGCAGGAACCGCCUACUGUAACUGCAGCCAAUGGGAGGGAUGUUUCCCAUGAAUCAUUUGAACAAAACCUGCAACACCAGGUCCUGGACAAUGCCUUAACCGAUCCUUCUUUGCUUGCCGAGAGCACUGCAACACCAGCCUCUACUGCUGGCCUCAAGCCUGCGAGGCGCUUCACACGAUCGCUGCUCAAGAACAAACCAGAGGAAGAGCCCACAGCUAGCAAAAGUCAAGACCCUGCUGUCUCCAUGAUAUCGGAGGACAACAACGAGGCCUCUGUUGAUUUGGCUCUUGCCCCAGGGAAGCCACAGAGGAGGUUCACAAGGUCUCUUCUCAAGGUAAAGGUUGAGGCGCGCUCUACCAACAAUUUGCUUCAAUCCAAGGAGGCAAUUGACAGCACAUCAGACUCUUCUCGGUCAGUGAAGAAGAUGGAGAUGAAGAUGUCUAAGAAGGUCGCCUGCCUCACAAAGCACCCAAGCAACAUUAGAGAGUUGCUCAACACUGGCCUGCUCGAGGGAAUGCCAGUCAGGUACAUCAUCCCCAGUAGCAAGUUGCAGAAGGCUGUGCUGAAAGGAGUGAUUACAGGCUGCAAUAUCCGUUGCUUUUGUUUAUCCUGUAAUGGUUCCAAGGAUGUUUGUUCUUAUUUCUUUGAACAACAUGCUGGGAGCAACAAAAAACAUCCUGCUGACCACAUAUACUUGGGGAACGGUAAUAGUUUGCGGGAUGUGCUGCGUGCAUGUGAGAGUUCUCCCUUGGAAUCUCUGGAGAAAACAAUACGUUCUUCCAUUGAUCCAAUUGCGAAGAGAAGCUAUGUUAAUUGCCUAAACUGCAAUGAACAUCUUUCUUCAUCACAAACUGAAAUCUUUGGAAGCUUUUUGUGUCAACGUUGCCUUGAGCCAAAACAACAUCAAGAUCCCCCUUCCCCAUCUUAUGCUUGUAAGAGCAAUUCCAGCCUGAUACCAAGCUCCAAGGAUUUUUUGUUGAAGAAGACACCAUUAAAUACAAAAGGUGGAAGUGCUGGAAAAGUAACUACAAAGGACACCGGGCUACACAAAUUGGUCUUUAAAGUUCUGCUUGAUGGUACUGAAGUAGCUUACUAUGUUGAUGGUCAGAGGAAAGUUGAUGGGUAUAUCAAGGAUCAAAGAAUCUACUGUAAUCACUGCAACCGAGUGGUUAGCCCGUCAGCAUUUGAGGCUCAUGCGGGUGAGGGAACAAGACGCAAGCCGUAUGACAAUAUUUUUACAUCAAAUGGAGUAUCAUUACAUGAGCUGUCAAUGAAAAUAUCAAAGGACAUGGAAUUAUCUGAACGCGAAACAGAUGAUUUGUGCAGAGAAUGUGGUCAAGGGGGAGAUAUUUUCCCUUGCAAAAUGUGCCCAAGGUCAUUUCACCCAGCCUGUGUAGGGCUGUCUGGAGUCCCCUCAGAGUGGUAUUGUGAUAAUUGCAGCAACCUUGUUCAAAAGGAAAAGGCUUUAGCAGAAAAUAAAAAUGCUAAAGCUGCUGGAAGGCAAGCUGGAGUUGAUUCUAUUGAACAGAUAAUGAAGAGAGCUAUACGGAUUGUCCCAAUCUCUGAUGACCUUGGUGGGUGUGCCCUAUGCAAGCAGAAAGAUUUUAACAAUUCAGUAUUUGAUGAGCGCACUGUGAUACUCUGUGACCAAUGUGAGAAAGAGUAUCAUGUUGGGUGUUUGCGGAGCCAGUGGCAAGUUGACCUGAAGGAAUUACCAGAAGGGGAGUGGUUCUGUUGUAAUAGUUGCUCAGAGAUUCGUUCUUCCUUGGACAAGAUAAUCUCUGAUGGAGCUUUGAUUUUGGCUGAGUCAGAUAUUGAUAUCAUAAGGAAGAAACAUGAGAUGAAAGGGUUAAGCAUGGACACUAAUACAGAUCUGAGAUGGCGAUUACUUGCUGGUAGAAAGGCUUCUGAAGAUGGUGACUUAUUGCUCUCUGCUGCAGUCCCAAUUAUUCAUCAAUCUUUUGAUCCAAUCAUUGAAGUUCAGAGCGGGAGGGAUCUAAUUCCUGAGAUGGUCAAUGGGAGGAGACCCAAGGAUGGAAUGCCUGGCCAAGAUUAUAGUGGAAUGUACUGUGCAGUGUUAACUUUAGGCACUUCUGUUGUGUCAGCUGCAUUGUUGCGAGUCAUGGGAGGUGAAGUGGCCGAACUGCCACUAGUUGCUACAAGUAAAGACCUUCAAGGACUGGGCUACUUCCAAGCUUUGUUCUCGUGCAUAGAGAGGAUGCUUAUUUCUCUGAAGAUCAAACACUUCAUGCUUCCAGCCGCCCAGGAAGCUGAAGGCAUCUGGAUGAACAAAUUUGGCUUCACUAAAAUUCCUCAGGAACAGUCGGAUGCUUAUCUUAAUGGGGCACACCUGACUAUAUUCCAUGGAACGUCAAAUCUGUACAAGGCUAUUCCUUCGUCAUAAUAUUGGUUUGAAGCCUUGUGCUGUGCAUGUAUGCAGUCAGACAGAUUUGUGUUUUGAAGCUCUGCUGACAACUGUACAUAAGAUGAUGAAGCAUGGGCUAAAGGAUGAUGAUAGCACACAGAAGAAAGGGGGAGAAAAGAUGAAAGAUAAAAGUAACUCGAGGCGGCAUGAUAUUGGUCGACCAAAAUUCUUAUCCUUCAGUUUGGAGAUAUGCUGGAUGAUGGAGGCAAUGCAUUUUGCUUAAUUUUGUUUAUCUUUUUUUAAAAAAAAAAUUGGCUUUCAGCAUUUUCAGUGUGGCUGCUAUGCCGCUGAGAAAUGCAGCUAUUUUUGAUGUACAGACCUCAAACAUCAGAAACUGCAGGUUUAAUGCAGUGCUGACCCUGUUCUGUUUGGAGUUAGACUUUUGGUCUGUUUCUUGGGUUGGCAUUAUUGCAAGAUUUGGAAGGGCCUGUUUGAUGUGGCUGUCAAGUUUUGAUGGGAAAGAGCAUAUUGUAUUUGUGGAUAUACAUGCUAGCUUAAGUAAAAGUUUUGAAGGAAUGCAGUAAGUAGUGGUAUUGACAUGGAAUUCGGGAGAA